AUCUUUUCUGAUAGCCACCACUAAUUAUUUGGUCUGUGUACUAAGCUGUGGUAGGCAUCUAGAAUGAUCUAGUGCGAACAGUGCACAUUGUUGUAGCCUAUGAGCGACGUGGAGGACACCGGAGAGGACGACCGCAGGACUUUACGAUCGGCUAGAGGACCGGUAUCCCAUGUGUCUUUAGGAUCAGAGGGUGAUAAGGAACUGUUCCAACGAGAAAGGGAAAGGAGAGCUAGAGCAGCUGAGGCCAGCAGGGCAUUUGCUAGCGAGGCGAGUGCUAUAGCAGCCAUGGCUACCACAUCCAUGAGCACGUCUGCACAGCAGACUUCCCAAGCCGGAAGUUCAGGUACCGCCGGGUCCACGGUCGUGCAGACCGUGAGUCAGUCCACUGGCUUAAUGGCAAGCCAGCCUGCGGUGUUGUCCCCAGAGGAUGUCGCCAUCCAGCAGGCAGCCCUGCAAGAGGCACAGCUACAGCAGGCAUUAGGAAAGAUAAAAAGGGAGAAAGAGAUGAUGAUUAGAAGAAGAGCCAGGAUGGAAAAGAGAGGGACAGACAUAGAGGAGUUAGAGACGAUGGACCUGACGCAUAUGGAUGAGGAUGUGAUGGUAGUUAGGAGGGCCCUGCUAGGUGUAAUUGAGAUGCAGGAGCAUCAAACUACCCUCCUUCAGGACAUUCAACAAAGCCUAGCCGUGUUGGCAGGGCGUGCUCAGGCAACACCAUCACCAGCAGGGCCUGGUGCCUGGACCGGUGACAUAGCGUUUUCAAGCUCCUCAGUGCAUGGGUGCCGUGUUGCCUCCCGGCAAGCAUCUUCUGAUGAAGGACGAUGCCAGCAGAAGAGCCAUGUGCCGCGAUCCACUGCACCAAGAGCAGUACUGCAUGUGGAGAAAGUGGAAAUAAGUGCGGCAGCAGCAGCGGUGCCGACCACGGCGGCACCACCACCUGCUUGGCCCGGCUUUGUUGAAGUUCCAGCAGAUAAGAAGAAGUGGAAAGGCCAGAAGCCCAUUGCUCUGAUAGGCUCCACUGGCUCCAUUGGAACCCAGACAUUGGACAUUGUUAACGAGUUCUCAGACUACUUCAGAGUUGUCGCAUUGGCGGCCGGUUCCAACAUCACUCUUCUUGCUGAGCAGAUUCGGCAGUUUCAACCAAGCCUAGUUUCCGUCUCAAGGAGUGAGCUGAUUCCAGAGUUGAGGGAAGCUAUUGCUGAUGUUGAGAAUAAACCGGAGAUCAUGGCCGGUGCUGAAGGCUUAUGCGCGGUUGCAGCUCAUCCAGAGGCAGUCACUGUGGUGACCGGCAUUGUUGGAUGCGCAGGACUUCCGCCAACAGUUGCAGCAAUCAAGGCAGGGAAAGAUAUAGCGCUGGCAAACAAGGAGACUCUCAUCGCAGGUGGCCCUGCAAUCUUGCCGUUGGCCCAUGAACAUGGGGUGAAGAUUCUCCCAGCUGACUCGGAACACUCGGCUAUAUUCCAGUGUUUGCAAGGCCUUCCUGAAAAUGGGUUACGCCGGAUUAUCUUGACUGCUUCGGGUGGUGCCUUCAGGGAUUGGCCAGUGGAGAAGCUGAAGACUGUUACGGUUGCUGAUGCGUUGAAGCAUCCGAACUGGUCGAUGGGGAAGAAGAUCACAAUCGAUUCUGCCUCAUUGAUGAAUAAGGGUCUUGAAGUGAUUGAGGCCCAUUACUUGUUUGGUGCAGAUUACGACAACAUCGACGUUGUCAUUCACCCUCAAAGUAUAAUUCACUCUAUGGUGGAGACGCAGGAUUCCUCUGUUCUGGCCCAGCUUGGUUGGCCGGAUAUGCGUCUGCCUAUCAUAUACACGAUGUCUUGGCCGCAGCGCCUUCCGACCUCAGAGGAGACCUGGCGGCGUCUCGACUUCGUCAAGAUGGGAGACCUGACAUUCAGGGAGCCAGAUCGUGCCAAAUACCCGUCGUUGGACCUUGCCUAUAUGGCUGGAAGAGCAGGGGGUACAAUGACCGGAGUGCUUAGUGCUGCCAACGAGAAAGCGGUUGAGCUCUUCAUUGACGAGAGGAUCUCUUACCUGGAAAUCAUGAAGGUGAACGAGAUGGUAUGCGCGGAGCACAUGGCGGAUCUUGUACAUCGCCCAGACAUCGAUACUAUUAUCCAUUUUGACCAAUGGGCUCGCCGGCACGUUGAAGAAAUAGUCAACAAGGGGAGGUUAGCGACCGCAGCGAAACUGUAGUGGCAUCUGGAGGAUGCGCACAAGGUAUGUAACAUAGGCUGGGAGUGGUGGGUGUUCUCCAGCUCUGCUCUGUUUUCUGCGGCAGCAAAUGGCGGGAAGUAGUGGGUGUCCUUCUCCUAUCUCUGCACUGCUUGGUUUCUUCGACAGCGAAUGGCGGGUGAUGUGGGUGUCCCCUCCUCCGAUCUCUGCUCUGCUUGUCUUUUUCGGCAGGGAAUGGAUGGCGAUGAGCCGACAACCAUUGAUUCCGGAUGACAAGUCCAGGAAAGAGGAACUGACAGGAGCAGCGGGGGGAUUGGUUGAUUUGAGAGAAGGGAGGUGAUGGUGCAUUUGUCACCGGUCGAUGGUUUAGUGAAUUGAAUCUAGUCUGUUCUUAAUCCAUUUGGCAUUGUGUGUUGAAACUCUUGCUCCACUUUGUCCUUUCUUUUUCUAAGGACAGCGCUGCCCGAUUGGUGAUGGGGCGGCGGAGGAGGGAGGGGGGUGGGGGGAGGGGGAAGAUGAUGCUGUUUUUGUUUUUACCCCUUCUACUUGGGUUCUUAUGCCGUGUAUGCCAGGCCGGCAUUCGAUGUCGUGACUGUCAUCUCUUUUGUCAUUGGGUGGUGACCCGCCGAAGGAAGCUCACACGCAGGAUCUGCUUAGCUUUCAUAGGUGCUGUAGAUCUAUCAAGCGAGCAUGUACGCUCCAGGUCUGUUUUCGUUCCAUCUGUGCAUUGGUGUAUACAUCAAGGUUGCUUUGCUUAGGUAUUGACGAAACUAGCAAGGCUACAAUCGUCCCCGUCACACAAUGCACUGCCAUCGUUAGUUCAUCGGACCAGAAAAUAUCUUGUAUGUAUUCAUGAUGAUGGGGGGCGUUGUGUUGGGGGGAAGACAAACCCCCGGACACAAUGCAAAGCUUUGGAGUUUCACCUAUCCCCUGCCUGUUCGCCGUUACUCUACUGUUGUCACUUGCAGUAAAGCCCAUAAAAAAAAAUAAUAAUAAUGAAGUAUUCUCUCUCUCUCUCUCUCUUCUGUACAUGCGUGCUGUGUGGUUGUGUGCUUGCAUACACGGACACGUGCAGGUUAGCAAGCAGGCAAGUUACCUUGCUUCUAUUCUCCGUUUACUUUUUUUCUUUUUUCCCCCUCUCUCUUUGAAGCAUUGUGUAUUGUUUUUUUGGAGAAACAAAAGGCAUUUGAUCAA